UGCAGACAGACACGAGCAGUUUAUCCGUCGACAGGUUUGGCACUGUAAUAAAUAAUAAAACAACAGCUGGAAUUAAUCUCGUGUGUCUAGAUAUGUUUAAUGCCAUGGGAUGGAAGCAGUCAGAUCGGGAAUUAACAUGCACGUGUGAAUUUAUAAAAUAAUAAUAAUAAUAAUAAAAAGAAGGAAAAGAAAACGUGCGGACACAGGACGUGAACACAACUGCGACGCGGCUCAUGGAGGGCGCGCGCUGGGCGUUCCGGUGCGGCACGUGGAGCCCGAGCCGGGCCGACUGGCUGCUGUGCGCGCGCUGUGUUCAACCGGAGGAGAGAGAGCGGAUCGGUGGGUUUGUGUUCGCCAAAGACUCCAAAGCAGCCAUGGCUGGGCGUCUGCUGAUCAGGAAGCUGGUGUGUGAAAAGAUGGGUCUGCCCUGGAACGGGUUCCGUUUGGACAGGACGCCCCGGGGGAAGCCCUACCUGGGCCACCCUUUGUCUGCCUCAGGCUCCGCCCCCUGGAGUUUCAACAUCUCUCACCAGGGUGACUUUGCCGUGCUGGCGGCCGAACGUGGGAGGCAGGUGGGAGUGGACGUGAUGAAGACCACCAGACCAGGUAGCAGCUCUGUACAGGAUUUCUUCCACAUUAUGAAGCGUCAGUUCACCGAUUACGAAUGGCGGACCAUCACGUCUGCGCAGUCCGACUGGGACCAGCUGCACCUCUUCUACAGACACUGGGCACUUAAGGAAAGCUUCAUUAAAGCGAUUGGCUCUGGGCUCGGCUUCAACCUUCAGAGGGCGGAGUUUCACAUUUCACCCAAUCAGAUGCAGGAAGGGCGUGUCUUCUGCCGGACCAAGUUGCACCUGGAUGAGGAGGAGGAGGAAGACUGGACAUUUGAGGAAUGUUUGUUGGACGAGCAUCAUCACGUCGCCGUGGCGCUGGGAAGACCCGACGGCUCCGACCAGAACGAUGCUGGGAAUCCCGGAGAGGCCAGAUGCCUGGGGUUCACCGUCCUGAGCUUCGAUGAGCUGAUGGCGGAGGCCACGCCCCUUUCAGAUGAGGACCCCGACCACUGGGAGAGCUUUAGGAGGAAACAGGAGGCACCGCUGCGACAGAGUGAAGGAUAGGGCGAGUUUGUGGGGUGUAAAUUUUAGGCUUCAUUACAGAACAUUAUGGUCGGAAUAAAUCAGGAGUGUGUUCCUGUCUCACAGCCAGCGGUCCAGGGGUUGAGUCCCAAUCCGGUCCAGGAUAAAGUGAUUAUUGGGAAGGAAUGUAUAAAUACAGUGCAGGGGAAAGGUAUUUAAUUCCUGAUGAUUUAAUUUAUUAAGAGGGAAAAAGCUGUCCAAACUUGACUGGCCCUGUGUGAAAAAGUAAUUGCCCCCUAAACCUAAUAAAUGGUUGCGCCACUCUUGGCGGCAACAACUGCAGUGAAUCAUGGCAAAGACGUUUUCAAGGCACUGAAUGUGUGUGUGGAUGUGUAAUAAACCAAGGCUGCUGAGUGUCAUGUGACUCUUGGUUCAGUUUCUGUCCUUCCCUGCAUUCCAUCCUGUUUCUUCCUUUCUCAGAUCUCUCUCUCUCUAUCUCUCCUACUUGCUCGUUCUUUCUCUCCAACACUGCAUCUGUCUCCCUCCAUCUGUCUUACUCAGCCUCUCUCGCCUUGCUUUCUUUUGUCGCCUCCUUUUGACAUUUAAGCAAAAACUGCGGUGUGUGUUUUUCUCUGUUGACUUUUCGUGCCUUUGUGUUUCUCUUCCAACACACAUACACACACACACACAGUGCAUGUAGUCAUGAGAGUCAAAGACACACACACACACAGAGAUACGAGUUUGCAAAAAGGGGUCCCACCAAGACAGUAAAGUGUGUGUGUAUGCAUUCUCGUGUGUGUUUUUCCCACCUUUUUUCUUCUCCCGUGAAAAACACUUUCCCGCGUUACCACGGCAGCACAGCCUGUUACACCGACGUGACUGGAACGCACGGUGUUAGCCAACUGAGCUAAUCUAAUACAGACUGACCGAGAGUGAGUGAUAGUGUGGUGCAGAUUGAGUGAGUAUCGAUGCGUGUCGAGGCGCGUUUCCCUGAAGGCCACGCACUUUCUACCGCGCUCACUUAACACUUAAGCAUGCGCAAGCACACACAGUCUGAGUGGUGUAUCUGUCUGCAGUACUGUCUGGUUUAUUAGAAAACCCUGUAAACCUUCUUAUCAAGCAGUCAUGCAGAGACGGGUCACGCUCUCCUGACCUCAUCACACGUCAGAACCAGAGGCACAUGCAAUCGUCUAGGGCUUUCAAAGACUGGAGCAAAAACAUCCAGUGUGUUUUGUGUUUAUGGGAAUUUUUGACGAGAAGGCCUGGCUCACGGUCUCCACUCUUUAUUCAUCCCAAAGGUGUUCUAUAGGGUUGAGGCCAGGACUCUGUACAGGUCAGUCAAGUUCUUCUACACCUAACUUGCUCAUCCAUGGACCAAGCUUUGUGCACUGGUGCGUAGUCAUGUUGAAACUAGUGUGGGGUUGUUUUUCAGGAGUUGGCCUCGGCCAACCUUAGUAAAAGGAACUUUUAUUGCUUCAGCGUACCAAGACAUUUUAGACAAUUUUAUGCUCCCAACUUUGUGGGAACAGUUCGGGGACGACUGAAGCUGUUAUAGCUGAAAAGGUGGGCCAACAUCAUAUUAAACCCUGUGGAUUAGGAAUUAGUUCAUAUGCAUGUGAAGGCAGGCGAACUAAUACUUUUGGCAAUGUACUGUAUUUCCUCAAACUUUCAUAAUUUAUUUCCAUAAUUUUUUUGACCAUUGUUAAAAGCAUUAGAGAAAUAAAACUGAAUUAAAUGGAAACGAAAAAUGCUUUGGCAAUAAUUUAGUUCUUAACUAUUUCUUUUUUUUCUUUUUUGGAGAAAGAUGAGUUGUGCCAAGCGCACCAAACACAGUGAAGCAUAGUGGUGGGAGCAUCUUGAUAUGAGGCUGCUUAUUUAAAAACGCUAUUGUGGUAUAAAUCAUGAAACAGAAUUUUCGGAGAAGAUUAAACAUGUUUUAACAAUACACUAAAAACGCCUAGCCAAUCUCCUAACUGGAAUCCCACUGUUAUUGGAAAAAACAUUUACCUGAACCUUAGUGAUUUGUGGAGGAUCUGCUAAGACGAUUGGGUUGAAAUUAAACCACAGUGCUGUAAAUAUCUAAUUCCUUUCACAGGGAUCCUAAAAUUAUGAUUGCCAACAACACCUAUGCGAGAAAUGUUAAUUUGUAGUGUCUGAAUGUUUCUUAUUCCACUUAUUUCCUUAGUAUCUUUUUAUGUUACUGGUUAUGCUUGUUCAUUUAGGCUUUGAUGUUCAGAAUUAUAGAAAUAACUGCAAAUCACUGUGUGUAAAAAU